UGAUGGAGGUGGAAGUGAUUUGAAUGCCUAUAAGCUGAGACAAAAUGUAAAAAAAAAAAAAAAAAACAUUUGGAUAUAUCUAUCUAUAAUAAAUGUAAUACCGUUUCGUUGUAACCUUACAUAACUAAAGAUCCGAAAGCGGGAAAUAUCAGCAAGAGCAUUAUGAUAGUGAGCCUUUAUCGACGAAGCGAUAGGAUGCUCACGCGACAAACGUAUGGCUGAACGUAAACACGCCAGCCCGCCGUAUGCGAAGAAGAUAGAGUGUACUAUAGGUGGUUUGAAUCAAGGAAGAGGGCUUCUCUCUUGAAUGGGCAUGUUUUGAGAGGUGUGGUGGAGGGAUGAAGGCGGUGUUGGCAUCCAGACGGCAGCGGGUCUUCUAUCGGCUCUUUAUAUGUGCUGUCGGGCUCAUCGCCGUCACCUGCUUUGCUCAAAUUCUUCAUGUAACAGACAAUUCCAAAGAGUAUUCUGAGCUUAUCGGGGCCCGGCGUAAACUAACACAGCAGAGUGUAGAGGAGAACCACACAUCAAGCACACCUAGAGCCGCUAUCCAUGAAUUUCCACAAGAUAUCUUCACUAAGGACCAGAGGAGGCAUGGGGCAGUUCUACUGCAUGUGUUUUGUGCAGUUUACAUGUUCUAUGCCCUUGCAAUUGUCUGUGAUGUCUACUUUGUGCCCUCUCUGGAAAAAAUCUCUGAGAACCUGCACCUUAGUGAGGAUGUUGCAGGUGCCACCUUCAUGGCAGCAGGCAGUUCCGCCCCUGAGCUUUUCACCUCUUUGAUUGGUGUGUUCAUCACCAAGGGAGACCUGGGGUUGGGUACUAUUGUGGGAUCAGCUGUCUUUAACAUCCUGGUCAUCAUUGGAGUUUGUGGCAUAUUUGCUGGACAGACCAUAUAUUUGACCUGGUGGCCGCUCUUCCGUGACUCUACAUACUACAUUCUCUCUGUGUUGGCUUUGAUUAUGGUCAUAUAUGAUGAUAAAGUUAUCUGGUGGGAGACAAUAAUCCUCAUAUCUAUGUAUGGGGUUUAUAUCCUUAUCAUGAAGUUUAACAGUCAGAUUUGGGGCUGGGUGGAGCAAAGGUUUGGUAUUCCAGGUCAGCCAUGUUUUGUGAGCAGUCUGCGCAGAGAUGUGUCAGUUGGAGAGGCAAGCACACACGGUGACACCUCUAUGAUCCUCUUGAAGAAAGGUCAGAAUGCAAGUGGCCAGGACUCCCCGGUGGUGAUGGUGGAUGAGUUGAUGAGUCUACACCCACACCAGUUCUCUUUCUCAGAGGCAAGCCUUCGUGUAAUGAUCACACCCCACUUCUCGCCCCUCACUCGUCUCAGCAUGGCCGGACGCAUGCUCAUCACUGAGAGGCAGAGGCUCAUUAGAAACAGGAGUCCUGGAGACAGCAGUGGCAGUGGAGCAGGGGAGACUCCUGGCCAAGAUGGUCCAGGAAUGGAGGGGGUUUCCUGGGGCCUAGAAAAUGGAAGGACCCUUGAGAGUGAAACGCAGCCCCUGGAGGAACCCAGACUUAGGGGCCAAGGAGGAGAGCUAGAAAGGAUAGCAGACACAGAGGACACACAGCCUAAAGAAGAAGAGGAAGAGGAGGAGGAAGAGGGAGAUGAGGAACAACCCUUCAGGCCUCUUACUGUGCCAGAGGGGCACUGGGAGCAAGCAAAGUGGUUGUUUUCAUGGCCCUUAGGCUGCCUGCUGUACUACACUGUGCCCAAUUGUGGUUUUCCACGCUGGGAGCGCUGGUUCAUGGUUACAUUUGUGGCCUCCACACUCUGGAUUGCCAUCUUCUCCUACCUCAUGGUGUGGAUGGUCACCAUUAUCAGUUUUACAUUGGACAUUCCAGAUGUUAUCAUGGGUAUUACAUUUCUAGCAGCAGGCACCAGUGUCCCAGACUGCAUGGCUAGUCUCAUAGUUGCCCGUCAAGGUAUGGGAGACAUGGCGGUGUCCAACUCUAUUGGCAGCAACAUCUUUGACAUUUUGCUGGGUCUUGGAUUCCCAUGGGCUUUGCGCACACUAGUGGUUGAUUAUGGGUCAACGGUCUCCAUUAACAGUAAGGGGCUCGUGUACUCAGUAAUUCUACUCCUUGCUUCUGUUUUUCUUACUGUACUGAGCGUGCACCUGAACCACUGGAGGCUGGACCGGAGGUUAGGCCUUGGGCUCAUGUUCUUGUAUGCCAUCUUUCUGCUCUGCUCCAUCUGCUUUGAGAAGCUCUAGAUUCCACUUUGAAUAUUUGCUUAGCUGUAGGGUAGACCUAGAUAACCAUAUUUUACCCCCAGUCACUACCUUAUUAGUAGCCGUUAUUGCAGCCAUAGAUUGAGGUUAGGUUAGUUAACAAUAUAACUGUGAAUCUGCUUAGUUGAGUCUGGUAGGUUAUGAGCAGGCUAGUUCUAGACACGGCUAGACAAAUUAAGUUCUAGACAAAUUAACUGCCAAGCACAAGACUGUACUGCUUACUGUACCUCUAAGGUAUUUCUACUGAACACAGAGCUUCUUUAAGAGAACACAAAUCAGUUUCAAUGUGAUGAAUUUAUAUAAGGUGUAUUAAAUGUUUACAGCACACGGGACACUUCCUAAAGCUCACCUUUUGCAUAUUUCUAUCCUGAAAUCUUAUAGUCACAAUAAAAGCAUGUUACAAACAUAAACACAUGAUAUUGCAGAAGUGUUACUAAUUUAUUGGAUUAUUUUGCCUGAUUUAUUUGAGACUUUACGUCUGUAAAAAUCAUUGUUUCAAAUUUUUUUGAUUUUCCUAUUUCAGUAUAUUUAAGAGGAAUCUGUCACUUUUGGUGUUUUGCCUUGAAAAAAAUAUUCAGAAAAAUAUUUUGAAAGCCAAUUGUUGUAGUAUUACUGCUUAACCAAAAAUAUCCCUGUCUUUGGUAAGUGGUUACAUACCAAACUUACAUAGUUUUAUAUAAAGUAUCCGUUGCACAUUUUGAUAUGUAGUAGGCUAAUUAAAUAGUUUAUUUUGUGCCCCACUGUAACACUUUGAACUGCAAUACAUGAGAAAGUAACAAUCCUUCAUGGAAUAUUGAUACUGCAGGAAUACGGUUGUCUGUUAUUCACAAAUACCUCUAUUAUUAAACUGUACAUAGGCCUUUAUAAUUGAAUUAAUAUAAUAAGGCACCAAAUUAAUGAACAACACCUACCCACAGAACGGCAGACCUUAUCUGAUCUUUGCACCAAAUAAAAGAAAAACGCCAGAUCUUAAAACUGACAUACAAGCUUCCUCUGUUUGCACUAAAAAUGUUUUUGGUUCAUUUUGAGGUCAGGGCAAAAAUGCAGCGGUGUUUUUAUUGUUGUAAAUGUAUAUUUAUAUUUAAUCCUAAUUAAAAUAAGUGCUUUAUGUUUUGGUUAUGUUGUGCUUUUAAUGUUUUAUUUUUAUUGAGUUCAAAAUUCAACUUUAAGGCAUGUAUUGCUAAAAAAAAAGACAAAUCCAGCACCAAUAGUAAAAAACAUUAUGCUUGUGGUUUUGCAGUUCUGUUUAUAAUAAUUAGCAAAUGUAAAUCAUGGAAAUGGUAUAUUUUAUCAGUGAAACAACACCACACAUGAUAAGAAGUAUUUAUUGAUUCAGAAAUAAAAUAGAGAAAUAAAUAGCAGAUGACUUGAUGUUACAGCCUGACAGAGGAAGCAUGUCAUGAUAUUGGCUAACUGAAUGUUUCAGUUAAAUAUUUUCCUGUUUUCUUUUCAUUUUAGAACUCAUGUUGAAGCAACUUAAGGACAUUAUUAGUCAUUAUUACUAUCUCACUAUUUGUUACAGUUCUGUCUAUGUUCUUAAAAUAUAUUUGUAUGUUCUUGAGUGCAAUAAAACAAGGUCUGUCCAAAAUCUCCAGUACUGAAG